AUGCCGAGUCUUCGGGAGCAAUUCGCAGAUCUGGAGCGGAAGAAAGUAAAAGAUUAUGACCCGGAAGACGAUGCAUACGACUUGCGCCCGAGCGACGACGAAGACUCCGGAAACGAACCAGACCUACAAGAAGACUUCAGCCGGGCGCAUUAUGAAACCGUGGGAAAGAGCACACUGAGGCAGCCAGAGCAGCCAUCGCUGGACGCAAAAUAUGGAGGAGUGGCUGUAAGUCGCAGCGCACUUGAAAAUGAGGAGGACGAUGACCCCUUUGCGCCCGUCGACGAAGAACAGGACGAAGAUCCCUUUGCUUCCCGGCAUGGGGAGAUGUCUGGUUCUGAAGGGAUCUCGGAAGGGUCAGGAGUGGAUCAAGAUGAAGAUUCCGAGAAGGAUGAACCCCUCGGCGCAGACGAUGCAAAACGGUUCAAGGAUCUUGGUCUUCAGGAGCGCGAGGCGAGGACACAGAAGGAUAUCAAUGGAACGGGGGAAGACUCGCUAGAUGAGACGGAGGAGUAUGAAUCAGAGGAGCACUCUUUGGACGACUCUGACAUUGGCAUGAACGACGACGACGACGAUGGCGCUUCCUCGUCUUCCUCGAUAUCGUCAGCCGCCUCACCACCUCCAACACGAGCCGGAAAAUCCACUCGAAGCGCGGAGCGCGAAGAAUUGAGGAAAGCCGCAUUCGGCUCUGCAUCGACAGCAGCGCUGGCGUCGGCAUUGUCAGCUGGCGCCGCUGCCGACGUCAAAAAAGGUCAAGCAGUCAAGCAACAGCGGCAAACCUUUGAUCGCCUCCUCGAUGCCAGGAUCAAGCUGCAGAAAGGCAUCGCGGCCAUGAACGACCUGCCUUCACCCCUGGCCGACGAAGAGGAGGUGAAGACGGCAGCGAAACAAGCUGAAGAUGCCGCGUUGGCGCUGUGGUCAACCGUCGACUCCAUCCGCAUAGCCAUCCUGUCCGCCCGAGAAGGGCCCUUGUCGUCUUCUGAUGACAGGCCCGAAAAGAAGACUCUGAAGCGAAAACGUCCGCUCAACCCGACAAGAACAACUCCGCUCCCGGAGCUCUGGGAGCAUUACACCCUCCUCGAAGCGGACGCCCACGCUCACCGCCGCAGCGUGAUCGACAAAUGGCACGCCAAAACCCAGCCGGUGGUCGAUCCCGCGCCGCGGUCGAAACUGCUCAGGGCCUCCCACCAGUCGACCACGACCUCGCGCCUCACAGACGUGCUCGACACCUAUCUCGCGACCGAGUCCUCCAAACUCGUCGCCCAGUCCUUCUCGCCCGCGACCCAGACGUACGAUGACGGGCCAUUCUACCAAUCCCUGCUGCGUGACCUCAUCGCUUCGCGCUCCGGCGCCAUCCUCACCGACGGCCCCGCCGGCAUGUCGGUGCUGCCGACCAAGCUCCACGUGUCGGGCAGCAAGCACAAGAGGGUCGACACCAAGGCCAGCAAAGGCCGCAAGGUCCGGUACACGGUGCACGAGAAGCUGGAGAACUUCAUGGCGCCCGAGGAUCGCUCGACGUGGACCGAGCCGGCCCGUGACGAGUUCUUCGGCAGUCUAUUGGGCAAAGUUGGGGCACUGGACGAGCGGGAAAGAGACAGUGUUAAAGACGACAACACGGGUGGAGUGGAUGGGCUGCGUGUAGACGAUGAGGAUACGGGAGAGGUCGAAGCGUUAAGACUCUUCAGGAGUUAG